ACUCCCUUGUCUGGUCUUUGAAGUGAUGGACAUAAGUCUUUUAGACCUGCUAAAGGAGAGAGAGCGCAGAGCACUAAGUGUCAAUGAAAUUCGCCCUGUGACCCAACAGCUACUGGUGGCGUUAGAAGCCCUGAAGAAUAUUGGCAUCAUUCACAUGGACUUAAAUCCUGACAACAUAAUAUUAGUCAAUCACAAGGAUCAGCCAUUUAAAAUCAAGUUGAGUGACUUUGGUCUGGCUCGUCCAGUGAGCCAAGUGAGCCGCGAUGAUGUCACUGGGACUCUUUGGUACAGGCCUCCAGAGGGAGUCUUGGGCCUCUGCUUGUCAGAAGCUGCUGAUAUGUGGGGAGUAGGCUGCGUCAUGGCAUUUAUGUACUUUGGCAUGCACCUCUUCCCAAACGACUGUCCAGAAGAGUGGAUAGAUUCUUUAGUGUACUUGCUGGGCUUUUCUGAUCAGAAACAGAUAAGUGCUGGUAAAAACAGUUGGAUGUAUUUUUUCUUGGAUGAGUGGAGACGACGUAAAAUCACCAUUGAUGAGAAGCGAUUUGGUGUCAGUUUACCAGACUACCCAAUUUCUUUUGACCCGUUCUUGAAAUUGGAGGAAAGAGUAAAGACAUUCCAAAUAAAAAAGGAUGAUCUUGAGUAUGAAGAUAGAAUGGAAUUUUUAGAUCUCCUCAAAUGUUGUCUGCAUGUCAGUGCUGAACAGAGAAUCUGUCCCAGGGAAGCUCUUUGUCACCGUUUUAUAACAAUGGCUCACCUGGCAGAUGAAAAAGAAACUAACUCCUACACAAACAAAGCCCUUGAGUUCAUGAAGGUUUGUUCCGGCUAUUAUCAAGACAAAUCAAAGGAAUCCUCUUAUCUAAUGCAGUUGGCUACUGCAGAUGCCACAAUUGAGACUGUUGUAGAAACGGGCACAAGGAACUCAAAGCCAAAGGAGCUGUGCUUAAAUUUUGAUGAAGAUUCAGCCCCCACACGCUUAGCCAGAUUAUCCUCCAUUUCUUGUUUGAGUGAAGAAGUUCCUCUCCCUGACAAUGCACCCCGACCUUCAGCCGCAACUGACACGGCUCCUCCCACUGAAGAAGAGUCAGGAACUGCCGCUACUUUCACUGAAAACAUUACAAACACCAAUCGCUAACCAGCUGUCUGUGAACCUGGUGAUGACAGACCUCCAGCUGACAUCCCAACUGAUGAAGCUGCAGCCUCCAUCUCUCCGUACUGCAGUGUACUCCAAAGCGAAACCACCAGCUACAAAAUAACAGGCUUCAUAGGAGGGGGAAGUUGUGCCAAUGUCGCCAAAUGUGUGGACUUAAAC